UAUACAAGCAACGUAAGUAUUGGUGUAGCGGGUACAGACCUGUUAAAAGCCAACAACAACUAACGAAUACGGCAUCACUAAUUGACGACUUGCACAUGAAAUGAAUAAUAGACAAUAACUUGAAAAAAAAAAAUAGACAGUUACUUUGUGUGUUAUCCCUAUUUUUUUUUUUACUGAUUUGUAAAAAUACAAAUUUAUACAAAACUGUAUUAUUACUUAAAAUAUUAGAAAAGUAUGUGUAGCCGGUUAUGUCGAAUAUAAAAUUGAUUAAUAAAAAUGUAGCCGGAUACUAAAAAUACCGAUUGGUAAAAAUACAAAUUUAUACGAAGCUGUAUUAUUACUUAAAAUAUUAGAAAGUAUGUGUAGCCGGUUAUGUCGAAUAUAAAAUUGAUAAUCAAAAAUGUAGCCGGAUAUUAAAAACCUAUUUUCUUACCAAUUUGAAGAAAUACAAAUUUAUAUGAAUCUGUAUUAUUACUUAAAUAUUAGAAAGUAUGUUUAGACGGCUAUGUCGAAUAUGUAAUUGGAAAUAGAAAAUGUAGCCGGAUACUAAAAUUGGUGUAGAUAUUUUUUUGUGCCAUUGCAUGUGUCAUUAUAAUAUUUACAGCAUGCUAACUCUAAUAAGGAAGAAAUAUAAAGUUUAAUAUCCGGAUAAUAAAAGCGUUGGUUCAUACAAAAAACAUGUAGCCGGAUAAUAAAAAUGUUGAUUCAUUAUAAAGUAUAUAUAGCCUGAUAAAUACAAGUAUGUUCGAUAAUGUAUUUGUAGUUGUCUAGCUGCUAUGUAAGUUCAUAUCUUAAAUCUGAGCAUUUUCUUUUCUGCUUUAAGCUUCUCAUCUUCCUUUCCAACAUUUUCAGGAGUUGAAUUAGGACUUCGCUUGUUGGAUUUUAACAUAUUCUCUAUAUCUUUGCACAUGAUGAGUCCUCACAGAAAAACCAGAAUCAUACAUAUUGAAAAUAUUCAGUUUCUACAUGCUCCAGUUAUUCAAGUGUUGCAGCAAUUCUGGUAUGCAGAGUAGGUGAGAGAAUCAGGUCUAGCGAGCUCCAAUCAAUGAGUUCCAUCCACGGGUGGUGAGAGAGGCCGUGGCGGAGAGAUGAGAUACAUGAGAGGGAUGUGCAGAAAGCGUGAGAGUUGAUUUGUGUUGCGGUUGAGUGGCUUGUUGGUUGGUGGUUGGGAACGUCGCCGGAGAAGAUAUUGGUGUCGUCGUCUCUCUCAUCACGCGUAAUCAUUAAAGAGAAAUAAGGUUUUCGCAAAUAUUAUUACAUAUUAGGCUUCGAUAUAUGAUAAGGGUAGUAAGGCCAUUAAAAAAAAACACGUCACUCCAAAAGCCAAAAAUCCAUCCUUGCAAAUAUGCAGGUUAUGUUUGUAUAGGAGUCCUAAUUUCUCAAUAUAUUAUUACACAGUGGCAGAAUAACAAAGAAAAAAUUAUAAUUUUACCUUGAUAACUUUAGUGGGGGUUAUUGGUUGAUGUAUUUUGAUGGAUUUGAAAUCCAAACUAAAUCUUGUGUUAUUGGUUCUAUAAUUUUAAAAUAUGUAUUGAAAUCAUGUGUUAUUCGUUUAAUGAUUCAUAAAUUCUAAUUCAAAUCAAGUGUUAUUCAUUUAAUGAUUCAUAAAUUAUAAUUCAAAUCAAGUGUUAUUUAAUCAUACGGAUUUACUAAUAUAUUUGAUUUCAUAAUGUAUUUGAAUGGAUUUGCAUGGAUUUCUUUGUGAAAAAUACAAAGGCCCAAAUCCGAAGGAAAACCUCCGGAUUUGUAAAUACUAAUCCGAAAAAAUUUAAAAAUUUAUAUAUUUUACUUAGAUUUAUAAAUCCUAUAUGGAUUUCUAAAUCAAUAAAAAUAUAUAAACCAAUAACACCUAAUUUUACCACAAAUUUGGUGUAGAAGCGUUAUAAUUUUAAUAUUGUUCAUUUAAACUUUUUAUUAUACUAGUCAACUAGCAUAUAAUUAUACAUACAUGAAAUCCAUCUUCUUAAAAAAUGCAAACGUUAAAUUACACAAGUCUUCUGCUUAUGUUAAUAUAAAAAAAGAUAUGGUCUACCUCUAGAUGUUGAUAUCAAAAGUCUAUUUACUGAACACAAAUUACAUCUAACUUAAUUAGGUUGUAUUUUAAAAAUAAUAUAAUGGUUUGUUUGUCUUAUACAGUUAGACCAUAUAAUACCGGUUAAUAUGUAAAAUACUCUAUAUUUAAUCUGUAAGAACUAAAUUAGAUAAAUCAGUUACUAUUAUAACUGUAAAUGUAUUAUACAUGCAAAUUUAAGCAUAGGUUAUAUUUAUGGUUUCUGUUAGAUAAAAUUUUGCUAAAAAACUACAUAUCAAAAUCUAGUUAACUUCCUCCACAUGAUAAAAAAGAGUUUAAAACCGCGGUUUUAAUCAAGAGGACCUCUUCAUGGGUGGACAGAGCGUUCUUGAAUGGAGCAGCGUGGUUGGUGAGGGACGAGAACGGUGCUUCAUAGUCGUAGGGCUUUCCCUCAUCUAGCCUCUGCUUUAGUUGCAGAACUUAACGCUUUCCUAUGGUCAAUUGGGUCGCUUGCAAGCCACCACAUUGAUAGGAUAAUCUUUGAAACUUCGUCUCUAGGAUUGCGUGAGGCUUUGUUCGUUGUGAUCGUUUGCUGCGGAGAGAUUAUGUCCAUCAAAGAUAUCGUACAUGCAGAACCAUCCAUCGAUCCAAGUGUUUUGGAGAGAGAUUUAUCGUGAAAUCUUUAUCCAUAAAACUGUUCAUCAAUAUUAUAUACGUUGCAGGUAAUUUAUAUUUAAUAGAAUUAAAAUAUAUAUAAUCUUAUAUAUAAUGAGGCACUUUUGCCUCUCCUAAAGCUAUCCACGCGUCCAUGUUUUAAAUACUGUGGGUCCCCUGUCAAAAUCGGAAAUGGGUUCGUCUUUAUUUACUUCAAAUGUGUUUGGUCGUAGUCUCUUUGAAAGCCUGUUUUUUAAAAAGGUUUUGGCCCACUUAAUAUCUUCAGCGUUUAGUUUAGUUAAAGCUCAAAACGUUGUGUUUUGUGGCCUCUCCUAGCUCUCCAUCUGAUUAGGGUUCCAUCCUUCUCUUUUUUUCCUUAUAGAUCUCGGCCCGCCGUUUUCGCCUGUCACGAUCUGUACAAAGCGUGUUUAUCUUCUCAUCUCUUCACCUCCCCAAUCGAUCUAUCUUUAUUACUUAAAUUUCUGGAAUAAAUGUUAAUCCCAUUCAAUCCAUUCUCGGUUUCGACGCUUCCGCUUUCUUUUUCUGAAAGCUAUAUAUAUCAGCGGUUUGACAUCAUGCUUGAAUUCAUGGGAAUCACUCUGCUCUUUCUUGAUGAGAAGAAUUCAGUUCACUCUUCGAUUGCAGAAUUCAGUUAUACAUAGAUUCAUUCCUGCUGGUCGCUCCCCUUAUUACCGUCCGUUACUGAAAGCGGGCUCAGUCAUGAGAGUAUCGCGCUAUGAGGUUGCAAGAUGUACAAGAUAACGGACCAUCCUUUCGUGAUCCGGUUUAUCCCUCAAACAACCAUUGAUGAAGUUUUCGAUAAAGCUCCCGUUAUCAACGUUGAGAAAUUCAUACUACGGAAGUUUGACCCUCUCCAAGCUCUCGCAAACACUAAUUUGGAGCUCCCCGAUUGUUGGGCAGAUUCAAUCUGUUCAAGAUUCGGACCUAGCGGCUGCUGGAGUGAUGACUCGAGUUGUUGUCCCUUUUUUGAUUGAACCGAUGGUGGUCGUGUACCUCUCUUUGUGGGAUGAUGUUGCAUCAAUGUUUAGGGGUCUUAUCAGCUCAGGUGAUAGGACACAGUCUGUCAUGGUGGUCACAACUGUGAAUCCCAAAAUAUUUGGAGGUAACCUAUACCUCAACGCAACCCCAGCGACGAAAUUUGAUUUCGACCCAGCUCUACAAGCUAUCGCGGAGUUUACGGCCAGCUUAAAAGGCCCAUCGGGAGAAGCUUUUCCUUGCAUCGACACCAAACAUGGCAUAAAAAAGAAGGAAGUUGUCUCCAUAGGAGAGCGAAACAAGUUCAUUACCAACUCUGAUGAACAGACACAUGAAGCUGAUUUAAUUUGCAAGGCUCGGGCUGUGGAAGUUCUGCAACAGAAUGGUUGGUUUUUCAUUUCUUGCACUGGCUGCAGCAAGAAGCUUGACAAGUUUGGGAGUUCUCUCCGUUGCAACCGUUGUGCUAAUCCCAACGUCACAGGGGUUAUAAAAUACCGUGUCGAGCUUUUCGUUGAUGAUGGGGAUGAUAAUGCCAUUUUUGUGGUCUUCGACAGGGAGAUGGUGAAGCUGACUAAGCAGGAUGCACCUGGCCUGACUCUAGAUGAGAUGAAUGGGGGUGGGAGCGAGGAACUCCCGCAAAGUGUUAAAGACCUUGCUGGGAAAAUUUUUGUUUUCCAUAUACGUGUGACACCAUUAAUUUUUUCCCCAAGCCACCCUAUCACUGUCUCUUCAAUCAUGGACAGCAUCCCUCCCGAGACGUUCAAGAUUACUGCAGAUGAAUUUGUUCAGGUGGAAGGUGGUGAAGCAUCAGCAUCUGCCAGCAAGAAUGUUAAAGGUGAAGCUUAUGAAACAAGUCCAUCGCUGAUGGAGGCGCAGAAGGCACCCGUAAACACCCCCGUGAGUGAAGUUAAAAAGCUGGACCACCGUCAACCAACCUAUGCUUUCGUUUCUUCUAUGCACUUUUCUUAUUUAGACUUUCCAUUUUCUCUGUUUUAAGGCUUUUUUUUACAAGACAAAUGCUUUUUAAUGUUUAAAUACAAAAGGGUUGACGGAAUAUUUA